AUGUCCAACUAUUGUAAUCCUUGCCAGAUGCAACUCAAAUCAGGAGCUUUCUUCCUCUAUGUCAAUGGACUUGGAAAUAGUUUUGCUGAUGCUCAAAACUCGGUUGCCAGGAUUACUGAUUUACUGGGAAUGCAUUCCAAUUCAUUCUCUGUUGACUUAUUCCAUAACAGAACCAAUAUAGUCAAUUAUGUUUUUAGCACAUUUUUAGAUCACCAAGAAGAAAUCAAUCGUCAAGCCGAAUCGGCCAGUCGACUAGCUACGGUACUUCAGAAUAAAAUGCAAACUCUCUAUUCGUCUUGUGAUCCCCCAAAUGUUAUCUACGGUGUUAUUUUAGCUCAUAGUCAUGGUGCAACCUUGACCGAUCUUGCACUCAACUUGGUAGAACAACAAAACACUAAGCGUUUAGUAGUAAUUUGUUAUGGUGGAGCUAAACUCAUCCCGAACACAAAAUCGACCAUGGUUGUAAAUCAUAUCAAAGAGAAAGAUCAUGUAUCUCUUGUUGCGGUCACGUUAUCAUCCCAAGAUAAAUCUUUGGCAUAUGUAUUUCGUAGAUACAACUCUCUACGUACUAUGGGUAAAAACAAGCAAGAAGCGGCUAACAUUAUGGCUACAGAACGAGCUAUUUCUGAAAUAGUACUUCAAGUUUUGAAAGAUGAAAAGAAACUCACGAAUCAAUAUUCACUUCAAGAAUGCCAAGACUACCUAUUAGUAUUGUUUGAGUCUUAUAAUGUCGUCGUCCAUCCGAUACUGAAUGGGAAUUGUAGUUCCGACAAUAAAACACCGUCAGAAAAGGAUCGAGAUAAAAGUGAUGGCACUUUUUGGGGCAAUUUUAGAAAGAAAGCAGAAGCCAUUGGUCGAUCAAUUGCUUAUGAAGUCGAAACUGCAGUGCAUGAACAUUCAUUUAAAUCCUAUCUUAGUCAAGUGUCCAAUGAUAUCAAUUUCAUGAUAUCUGGUUCGUUCCCCUAUCAAGAUCAUUAA